AUGGAUAUAGUUUUGAUACCUGAAACAUAUUACAUUGCUCUUACCGUUCUUUUGGGAUUAGUUACUGCUGAUCAUAUCAAUAAAAAUGCUGAAGUAAAAAGUCUUGUUAAUAAUGUUCCUGGUGAUGGUACAUACGCAUAUUCAUUUGAUUCUACAAAUGGUAUUAGUAUACAAGAAAGUGGUAAUGCUGAUACUAAAUCUGGAUCUGCUGGAUGGGUUUCACCUGAAGGUGAAAAAGUCCAACUAACUUAUACUGCUGAUGAAAAUGGUUAUCAUCCACAAGGUUCUCAUAUUCCAGUUCCACCAGAAAUACCAGCUCAUAUUUUAAGAGCUUUAGAAUAUAUUAGAACUCAUCCAUCAGCAGUAUAA